GACAUCUCUAAUGAGAGGAUUCAGUUUCUCAAUGCCUUUUACGACUAUCCAAGGUCAACUCCAUAUAUACUUUGGAUUCCAAUUCUGAAUGAUCAUGCAGCAUGGUCGAUUGAGCAAUAUGAACAAUUUUGAGAUAAAAUGUGGUUUCAAAUAAUGGACGAUCCACGUAAAAGGAUUGCACGAAGCUUUACUAGAUUUGUCAAGGAGAAUCUCCUCCCUCACUUUCAGAUCGGAGAGGAGCCUAUCCUCAUUUCACUAGAUCAACAUGGAAGGAUCGUUCAUACAAACGUGAUGCACAUGAUUCAAACAUGGAGUGAUGAUUAUAUUGAAGAUAAUAAAUUGAGAGUUGAGGCACCAAACAAUAUAAUCCCUUUCAUCGAAAAGGAAAUGAAAGAAAGGUCUCAAGGUGUUGAUAGUUUGAUAUUUGACAUUGACGAACAAAUAAAUCAUUUGGCACGUGAAGUUGAUGAUAAGAUAGAUGGUUGGGCAGAUCAAAUUAACGAUAGGCUAAAUAAGCUGAGACAACACUCAAAUAUGUACACAAGUGAAAGAGAAAACGCUCUAUGGAAAAAAGAAAAAGAUUGGAGUCUUGGUCUUGUGGUUGGCAAAAUUGACGAAAGAGUAACAUCUUGGAUUGAGAAAGAAAGGUGUAUUUUCUUAUAUGGAGGAAAUAACAUUAAAUGGAUUAGAGAAUUCACUUCCAAAGUACAUGAAGUAAGCUUAAAAACUCAGUCAAAGAUAAAGUUGAUUUAUGUUGGAAAAAAUGAGAAAGUAAGAGCAAGCAUUGAUGAAGAACAAAUGAGCUAUUUAUUAGAAAGUCCCUACGAUGCUUAGAGGUUUUGCACAAGGCUUCAAAGUGUAUUAUUGUCGCAAACCAAUUACUUAAAUGAAAGUAAUUGUCAUGGUGAUGAAUGCGACAAUGAAAUUGCACAAGAGUUAAAAAAAUUGUUGGGUUAUGAAUGUAAGGGUGCAACAAUGGAAGGAUGGACAUUGUUAAGCAAAGGGCAAAAGGUGGUCGUAUGUGAGAAAGGAGUUAAAAUGUUAAGGUUCAUUAAUGAGUAUGAGAGUUGGGAGGAAAACAUGGCCCUUAAAAGCUUUGACCAAGCAUUCAAAGACUACUACAACAAGACCCUGCAUACUUGUUGUUCAUCGAAUAGCCAUUCUUGUUGUGCUUUUGAAUACCCAAUCACCUUGAAAGAAGUCCCAAAGAAAGAAAAAUGUCAAGAGUGCUUUCGCGAUAUGCAAAAGUUUGUGACUUUUACAUGCUAUCAUGGUGACAGUUGAUUACAAGCAAAGAAUGAUGGAUGAGAAACUUCUGAUCUGUAUGGCAAGCUAAGGCAUUCAAAGAUAGGCAAAUGAGCAGCUUGGAUGUAGUCCUCCUAUUACCAUCUUGUGAACCUAAUUACUUCAGAUUUUGGAUGUGGUGCUCCAAUUCUAGGUUUUGUUCCAUCUGAUUUGAUUUGUAUGAAGUUUUUUUACUUCUAUAGCUUUGGUGAAAGUUUUAAUCCCAAGUAUUUACAGUUUA